GGGUGGGCGGAGCGUGCGGUGGGCGCGAGAGCAGGGCCCGAGCCGGCCUGGGAGCUUGCCGAGCUGAGCGCAGCCAGCGGAGCGCCUGGGCGGCGGCGGCGGCGGCGGCUGCGUGCGCGAUGGCUCCGGCCGCAGACCGCGAGGGCUACUGGGGCCCCACGACGUCCACGCUGGACUGGUGCGAGGAGAACUACGCGGUGACCUGGUACAUCGCCGAGUUCUGGAAUACAGUGAGUAACCUGAUUAUGAUUAUACCUCCAAUUUUUGGUGCAAUUCAGAGUGUUAGAGAUGGACUGGAAAAGCGGUACGUUGCUUCUUAUUUAGCACUCACAGUGGUAGGAAUGGGAUCCUGGUGCUUCCACAUGACUCUGAAAUAUGAAAUGCAGCUAUUGGAUGAACUCCCAAUGAUUUACAGCUGUUGUAUAUUCGUGUACUGCAUGUUUGAAUGUUUCAAGAUGAAGAACUCUGUAAACUACCAUCUGCUUUUUAUCUUAGUUCUUUUCAGUUUAAUAGUAACCACAGUUUACCUUAAGGUAAAGGAGCCUAUAUUCCAUCAGGUUAUGUAUGGAAUGUUGGUCUUCACAUUAGUGCUUCGAUCUAUUUAUAUUGUUACAUGGGUUUAUCCAUGGCUCAGAGGACUGGGCUAUACAUCCUUGGGUAUAUUUUUAUUGGGAUUUCUAUUAUGGAACAUAGAUAACAUAUUUUGUGAUUCACUGAGGAACUUUCGAAAGAAGAUGCCACCUAUCAUAGGUGUUGCCACACAGUUUCAUGCAUGGUGGCAUAUUUUAACUGGCCUUGGUUCUUAUCUUCACAUCCUUUUCAGUUUAUAUACAAGAACUCUUUACCUGAAAUACAGGCCAAAAGUGAAGUUUCUCUUCGGAAUCUGGCCAGUGAUCCUCUUUGAGCCUCUCCGGAAGCACUGAUGAAUUAUUCCACCAAGAAAACAAAAAAGGCACCUACCAUAGGCCUGGCCAAAUGAAUAAAGAAAUCCUUAAAGAUCUACACAUUCAAAUAUAUCGUGACCAUCACAGCAAAGGAGUGAUUUUCUAACUAAUGCUGCCAGUCACACAGAGAAUAAGGAAUGGGCUUGUUGGAUGUUUAGUUUGCAUCUUUAUCUCGUUUGUCCUUCUCCUCACACUCACUCUAAGAUGUUUAAAAAGAGACAGACGUGAUGUGUGUAUAUAUACUUGAAUGCUGGAAAAAUGAGGCUUUUCUUAACAGGUUAACAGUCUGUGCUGAUCAUAGGAAAUUUAACCUUUACCCCUUUUCUGACAAGGGUUGCAUGGAGAAUUAUACUUUGUUUAUAUUUAAUUAAAUAAUCAAAACAGUCAGCAAAGUAUUGGCACAACCCCAUACCCAGAUGGCCAGCUGUGGAGCCAGGACUUAGCCGUGUCGGCCUUGAUUUGUAUUCUUGUCAUAGUAACCUCAUGGCUGGUUUUCCAAGGUGGAAGCAGAGCUCUCUGUGGGGUCCCGGUGGUUCCUCACUGUCUGCCUUUGCUCCUCAGCAUGGCGUGAGCAUGCUCCAGCUGGCCACUGGGUCCCCUGCUGGCCCGACCCCAGAUUUGCCGUGGGAUCUGGGGUGUCUGUGCGUGGCCAUCGCCAGUCAGAGUGAGUGGGUCACCUUGUAGUGUGUGUGAAGACCAUGAGGGCACCUGUGGAACAUUGUGCCUCCAGCUGGUUAGUUAAAGGUGGCUUCUCUGUUUUCUCUGAUCGUUGCAGAUCUUUAAGUUGUCACUGGUUUUAUGGCUAGGCGAGCGUGAUUGGUGGUCUGCCUACCAAGAGUCCGGCCUCUUGGCAUAACCCAUUUGAAGUUACCAGUGAAUGUUGCUACGCUCUGACUUUAUAAACUAUGCCACAUUUUCCAGUUUUCAGAGAGGCCGUGGUUAUGCCCAGGGAAAUGUAUCAGGUUAACUAGAGCUAAAAUGAUCAGGAUCCUAUUUACGUAAAGCUUAUUAGAAACCUGCUCCUUGAUUUGUUGAAGGAGAUUGAGGAGUUGAAAACAGCUCUCACUUACUUGAACUUGUAACAGAACUCCCCAAAAUUAAAAUGCUAAAACUUGGCAGUGAAACAUCA